AUGGCACUUUCCCGGCCCGACAGCCUGGCCUUCUCGCGAAGUGCGCGCCCGGCCUUUGCGGCUUCGCCCGUCUCGCCCGCCGGCGUGUCGCAGACGCCUUCGACAUUCCUGUUUGUGGAUGCCGGAACCACGCAGAGUCGAGAGCAGAGACGCCAGAUCCGCGCUCAAGUCAUGUUCGCCACCCACGAGGCCAGACGGCGCCGAGGGAUGAAAGGCAGCGAGGACCCUGAAAAGGCGCAGAAAGACCGCCACGUCCGUAGAACCGAGAGUCCGCUACAAGACGCCAGUGUGAUGCACGAAGACCCGUUCGACUCUUUGCCGGUCAAGGCCUUCCCGGGAAUGCAUAACCUCAUCUUUUACCACUUCGACGUCUAUCCUGAGUCCUUACCAUUCGUCGACGACCCGUUCGUGACUAGGAAGCAGAACACAAAGGCAAGACGGAGCAACACAGUCUGGGACGUAAUGUCCUCCGGGGAGACAUCGUUCCUCGUGCUCCUCGCGGAAAUGGCACGAUUGUUCAACUCGACCAAGCCCAGUGCAAAGUGGCGGGUAUGCCAGCUCAAGCUCCGGGGCAAAGCACUGCAAUCAGUCCGGGAGGGCCUAUCAUCAUCAAAUCACUCCGACUCCUACAUUGCCGCCGUAGCAGGCAUGCAAGGCGGAGCGAGCAUAGUCGGCGACGGCAAGACGGCGCGCGCGCACCUCGACGGCCUCCGCGAGCUCGUCCGCCUCCGCGGCGGCAUCCACACCUUCUCGCACGUCGCCCGCCGCAUCAUCGUCUGGGUCGACCUCUACGUCUGCGCCACCCACCAGCUCCUCCCCGCCAUCCCCCCCACCCCGCUCGCCCCCUCGACCAUCGGCCUCGACGACGACGACGACGACGACGACGACGACAACACCAACAACCCCACCCCCUCACCGCCACCCUCCCCCUUCCCCCCCGCCUUCCUCGCCCUCGUCGCCACCGCCCGCGCCCGCACCCUCGCCCGCCUCCCGCCCCCGCCGACGUAUACGUCCACCAACCAGCCCGGCUGCUGCGUCGGCGUCAAUGGCGCCGACGCCGUCCCAGUCGUCGUCGACGGCCCCCUCACGCGCAUCUUCCACGCCCUCCACCUCGUCGGCGCCGCCAACUCGCCCGCCUGGGUCGACGCGCUCAUGGCCCCCGGCCCCACGCGCGACGCCGUGGCGUCCGUGUUGGAUGGCGCGGCGCAUGCGGUGUUGGUGGAGUUGGCGAAGGGGAGGCGGGCUGAUAAUGGGGGGGAGGAUGGGGGGGAGGAUGGGGGGAACUGGGUGGGGGGGGACUGGGAGGGGGAUAAUGGUUGUGGUUGGGGUGGUGGUUGUGGUGGCAUUGCUGGGGAGGAGGACGCGGGAGGGGUCGAUGCUGCGGGCCAUCGCUGGUUGCGCGGCGUGCUGCUGCAUGCGGCGCAUGUCUAUCUGCGCGCGUCGCUGUGUCAACUGCCGCCUGCGGCGCCGAUCAACGUGCUGUUUCUUGAGCGGCUGUGGCGCGCGUUGGAUGCUAGGGCUGGGGAGGGGGUGGCUGAUAGGAGGGAAGAGGAGGAGGAAGAUGGAGGAUGUGAUGGUGGUGGUGUUUGUAGCGAUGGUGAGGGCCUGCGUGGGAAUUUGGCUAGGUGUGAGGGGGUAGAAGACGGCGCGGUGUGGGCGUUGGCUGUCGGCUGGUAUCUGGCAGAUAGGGUGACUACGGCGGCGCGGACCGGGAGCGACGGCUUCCGCAUGGCGGCGAGGGCGGGUGUCCUGCUGGCGUGGUUCGAAGACCGGAUUGCGGACUGUUUGCUGGUGUUCGAUGCGCGGGGAGAAGAGGGGACGGAGCGGGCGGCGAGGGCGGUGGCGGAUUUCCCGGGGACGGAUGAGUUCAGGAGGGAGUGGCAUAGGUUGCUGUUGCAGGAGAGGUUUCGUGAGCGGAGUGAGUCGUUGGGCUCUGAGUAG